UUAGCAUGGAGCUAGUUCGAUGCUCGGUGUGUUAGCUUAUUAGCUUUACCCCUCAAAAUGCAGCGACGACUCAGGACUUCUUUAGGAGGAGGUAUAAAAGUGUCGCGUGGGAAACACGUUGACAACAACACUGACAGCUGGAUAUUCUAAAGUUACUUCGUUUCUGACCCGAGCACGUCUGUUGUUUUCUAAUCGGCCAGGCUGGUUCUGAAAGGCUUUAUUUACUGUGCUCAAACACAUCAAUAGUCGCAGCGUUGACACAAUCUGUCAACGCACAGUCUGUGGGAACGGGAAAAAAACCCUGGAGUGAUUGUGUUGAGAGCUCUGUGAUCACGUGACGUGCUUUUCCCACAGACACAGUAAUAGAUCAGUGUUAUUUCUAUGUGUAUGGUCAAGCUCUCUGCACGUCGCCAUUGCAAAACUCUCUGAGUUGUUGGGACUUGUCAGCAGUGGUGUGUACAUAUAAUCAGUGCAAAGUUAAGAUAAAAGGAAACCCCUCCCCUGUAGGCACAUUAGAAACUAAUGGUUUAGUGUUUAGCGAUAUGGCUGAAAUUAAUAUUGUAAAUGUGACAGUUCGAACUUGAUCGCUGAAACAGAAGGUUGAAGAAUUAAUCGUUUUGCACAUACACAAGUUUUCUCAAGUUAACCACACACGUUUUCCACAAGGACUUGCAAUGUAAUUCAGUCUUGGUUAUUCUAAUUCAGUUUGCACAUUGUGUCCAUUGUGGAAGACAUUGGAUCAACAUGUUUUUGUCAAAGCUAAUACAGUUUCUAUAAACGCCCCAAUGUAACAUUAGAUAUAUCUAACUCUAGGGUUAGUAUUUGACAAAAUACCCCAUGUGGUCCAUUUUAAAUCCCCCAUGAUGUUCGUUUAAGGAUAAAUAGGUCUGGGUUCUGAACACCGCGAUGAAGAUGGUAAGAUUUAGGUUUUAAGUCACACAGGAAGCUAAAAAGGGAACAUUGAGUUAAGUUUUGGUUUACCAAAGUGAAGUGGAAGCAGGUUUUGCCUGGAUGGCUGAAUAUCAAUUUGAUGAUGAUGAUGCUUUGCAAAACAGUCUGAACUAUUGUUAAAAUAUUUUUUUAUAAUUUAAAUCAGGAUCAGGUUUAUUCCCAAAAGGGUUUCAACAUAUAAGGAGUUUUCUUUGGUGUUUGAUAAAUCACAAACGUAUAUCGUGGGGAAAUUAGGGCCAAAGAUUAUGCAGCAAGUCGUAUAAGGUAAAAAAGACCAAGCUAAAAUAUAAUACAACGCAAACAUGGUGAAGAACGUUACUCUGAUCCUGACCCAGAGGCAAACACCUGAGGCCACAUGAACCACAGAUGUGUCAAUAGCAGGACAGAGGAUUCACUCUUUUCCUCCAAACGGAUGUGUUGUUGAAAAAACAGAGCUUUGUUAGAAAUGCCAGUAAAGAUGUCGUCAAUGUCCAGUGGAAUGGAGCAUCUGAAGUGAUGGAGAACAGAGAGGAGAGGCCUGCAUAUGAGCAGGUCCUCACACCUCCAGAGCGAGGACUUCUCCACAUCUGGCAGUCAGCGGGGCCCAGGCAGGAGCUCUCUCUAGGGAGAGUGCUGCUUUCCAGGCCUGUCCUGCAGGUCACCCUGGGAGAACACCAUGGACUCCUGCUGACACAGGGCGGUCAGGUGUAUUCUUUCGGGGAGCUGCUAUGGAGGGAUCUGAGCAUCCCGUUGUCUGCUCCGGUGCUGGAGGAGUCCCUGCUGGGGAAGUCGGUGGUGCGUGUGGCAGCUGGCGGCUUCCACUGUGGAGCGCUGAGUGAGCAGGGCAGUGUGUACAUGUGGGGGGAGAACACUGCAGGACAGUGUGGCCUGACUGAGAAGGGCACUGUCACAAACAUCACAGUUUCAGAGCCAUGCCUGGUCAGUGUCGUGGACAGUGAGGUCGUUCCUCCAGCGGGGGUUCGGGUCACGGAUCUGGCCUGUGGACGGGAGCACAGCCUGGCUCUGUCGUCCCAGAAUGAGUUGUGGGCCUGGGGCAGUGGCUGCCAACUCGGCCUGGUCACAAACAACUUUCCUGUGUGGAGACCACAGAAGGUGGAGCACUUGGCUGGCAGACAUGUAAUUCAGGUGGCUUGUGGUGCCUACCACAGCCUGGCCCUGGUUCGCAGUUUACUUCCUCAGAACAACAACACCCUGAGGCCCCCUGAAAAGAAGGAGCGGGGCCCGUCGCCUCACAGCUCAGUGACCGAGAGGAAGGAAUCGUUAACAGUUGAUGACGCUCACUACUGUCCACUGGGGGUGGAGCUGUCUGAAGUUUUGAUAGGGGAGACCACUCCCAGGAGAAGAGAUCCCAGACGACGGCUCCAUCCUGUGGGGAGGUCAGCUGGCAGCAGCCCUGGCUCUGGACGUGGCUCAUGCCCAUAUUCUGGAGAUGGAAAAUCCAGCACUACACCGAAGUUAGCGGAGUUAGACGGACACGCUGAUAAUCUAACUCAGACUGACGGCCGCCCUGUGUCCCACCCUUUGCCUUGCUGGGGGGCCAAUAAGAAGUCAGCUUUUCCUGAUGAGAGGGAGCUCCAGAACAUCCUGCAGAAACUCUCUGGUCACUCGUUAGAGACGCAGCCCAUCACCGGGUCGGGAGAUACUGACUCACUGAGCAGUCACACGUCAGAUGACAGCUGUGUUUCCUCAACUCCUUCCACGGAUCUUCUCAUUUCCAGGUACAAAGACGAAUCGCCAAUAAAAAGUCAAACUACCAAUAACAGUGGAGUGUCUGGGCCGUACUCCUCCUCCCCUGUGUGUUUGGAUGAAGUUCGGCUCUGUCUAGAGGCGGAGAAGAAGGGGCUGCAGGGGCAGAAGAGCUCCAGUCUUACAAAUAUACAUCAGAAGGGGAAAACGGCAGGAAACAGGAGAUGCUCCCUGCCUGGAACACCCACCCAUGGGUCCCCAAGGCGACGGCGGCCAUGUCGGACCCAGGCUGCAGCAUCAGAGGAUGUAGGAGACGGGUUGCCGUCUCUGGAGACAGAAGUGUGGAGCUGGGGCCGCGGAUCUGAAGGGCAACUGGGUCACGGGGAUCAGCUUGCUAGACUCCAGCCUCUGUGUAUCAAGUCUUUGACAGGCGAGGAAGUGGUUAAAGUUGCUGCAGGAUCCCAUCAUUCACUGGCUGUCAGUGCUCAGUGCAGGGUUUAUUCAUGGGGCAGCAACAUGUGUGGACAGCUGGGUCAUGUCAACAGCCCUGUCACGGUUCCUCAGCAGGCGAAGCUGUCUGACGGUCUCCGGGUUUGGGACGUGUCAGCCGGUCAGAGCCACUCCCUUCUGCUGGCUGACGGAGAUUGUGUCCAGCCGAUCCUGUUGUACUGCGGCCAGCAUCAAGAGUCAUUAUCAGCACAGAGUGAGAAAUCCCACCAGAGUCAACGGUCAAGCCAGAGGUCACCCAGCAGGGCGGAGAUUUAUUCGGUCAGACCCACCCUGCUUCCCUUGUGCAUGGAGAUGGGUUACAUUAGCAGUGUGUCCUGUGGUGGGCAGAGCUGUGCGGUGUUGGCAGAUCAGAAUGUCAUGGGCUUCAUCUCAGCGAUCCACGAGCUGGCCUCCAGAGAGAGACACUUCUACUGCUGGUUGAGCAACACCAGGAAGCUGCUCCUCACCCCGCUACGCAGCAGAGAGGCUUUGUGCCCGACGUUAGGUGAGCCCUGCACUCAUCUCUUCUUCUCUCUCUGUGAGAGUUUUGUUCGCCUGAGCAUCCUGAUCGGUCGACACGCCACGUCACUCAGCUUCUUCCUGCAUGAUGUGCAGGGCGCCGAUGUCAAGUCCCUUCCCCUGCUGACACAUACUGAUGACUUCCUAGACAUUUAUAAAGAGUAUUGUUUUGCACUUGGAAACUUCCACGUGAUGGGGGGAUUCCAGUCACUCCAUAAACUCUCACUUGAGGUUUUAGGUUCUCAGCAGAGCCUGCUCGCCCAGCUGUGUGUUCCAGAUCAGUCUGUCAGUGGUGAUGCUGAUCUGGUUUCGUUGCUGUACUGGCCUCUGCAGCAUCUCCGCCAAUACAGCCGAGUUCUGCUCAAACUGGGAUCCUGUUACGAUGUGUUAACUGAGGAGUAUCAAUCCCUCAAUCAGGGCUGCAGUCACUAUGAGUCCCUGUCUUUGUCCCUGCUGAAGAGGAAGAAAGAAGCUGAAACCACAUUUCUCUUCUGGAAGAGCCACUCUGGAAAAAAUACAGAGGUUCUGCGUCUCCCGCACCGUCGCGUCGUGUGUGAAAGCAGCAACAGAUCACUCACUCUGCAGAAGGCCGGGCGCUUCUCUAACCACUGGUUCAUACUGUUCAACGACGCCUUGGUGCACACACAGAAUGCCAUUCCCUCUCAAAACUUUUUCUCCACACAUCACGUCUACCCUCUGACCUGUCUGUGGGUGAAACCAGUUACUGAAGACACCAGGGGACUCUAUGCCAUAAAAAUAACAUGUCCAGAAGAGAGUUUCACCCUGGUUGCCUCAACACCACAGGAAAAGAACAAGUGGCUACGAUCUCUAAACCAGGCGGUAGAUCAGGUGCUGGGUGGUGGAGGUCAGGGCUCAUCGCCUGGGGUGACAGCAAUAUCGCGUACAGCCACCUACACGUUCACUGGAGAAGGAAGUUUUAAAGACGCCUAUUACACCGGGGGCUGGCUGGCUGGACGAGUUCAUGGCAGAGGAACCAUGAAGUGGCCAGAUGGACAAACUUACUCUGGGAACUUUAAGAACGGACUGGAGGAUGGCUAUGGGGAGAGUGUAAUGCCUAACAAAGUACUGAAUAAGCCAGACUACUACCAAGGACAAUGGAGAGAUGGCAAGAUCCAUGGUUUCGGCAAGUACAAGUAUGCCAGCGGCGAGGUGUACGAGGGCUGUUUCUAUGAAGGGCAGCGGCAGGGUUACGGCAUGCUGAGCUCGGGUAAACAGGCCAGGACCUCCUCCAGCGUUUUCAUUGGACAGUGGGUCCAGGACAGGAAGACAGGAUAUGGAGUCCACGAUGACAUCACCAGAGGUGAAAAGUAUAUGGGUAUGUGGCUGGACGACCAGAGAAAUGGCCAGGCUGUAGUCGUCACCCAGUACGGUGUGUACUAUGAAGGGACCUUCAAAGAGAACAAGAUGAUUGGUUCAGGGUUGUUGGUGUCAGAUGAUGACACAGCUUUCCAUGGGGAAUUUGCUGAUGACUGGACUGUCAAUGGGAAGGGGGUUUUGUCUCUGGCUAACGGUGACUGUCUGGAGGGACUGUUCAGUGGAGAGUGGAGCACAGGCCUGAAAGUGGUCGGAACUUACACCAAACCAGCUGCUGAUGAACCUGACAAUAAAGAGAGAAACAGCUUGUUCAGGCUGGGUCAGUAUCUGGUGCCUUCAGCUCAGAGGUGGCGCGGUGUGUUUACUGAGUGCUGGAGUCGACUUGGCUGCACAGCAGCUGGAAGAGGAGAGAGGACUACAGCCUGGGAGAACAUCGCUGUCACAAUAACAACUGCACAACGACACAGUCCAAACCUGAGUAGGUCUCAGAGUAAAGCAUUGGAGAGUUUGGAGUUUAUUCCCCAGCAAGGAGAAGUUGUCACCACUGCAAACUUUGACAACAUACGAAGAUAUCUCAUCAAGGCAUGUGAGACCCCUAUCCACCCUCUGGGCUGGCUGGUGGAGACGCUGAUAACAGUCUACAGGAUGACUUAUGUUGGAGUGGGAUCCAACCGCAGGCUGCUGAGACAGGCUGUCCAGGAGGUCCAGGCUUACCUCACCCAUUUCUUCAGCCUUGUCAGGUUUCUUUUUCCUGGGUUACCCGAUGAUGGCUGCAUCAUCCCAGAACCCCCUGCCUCUCCAUCCAAAAGCAGGCACAACUCCACCACAGAAGGCGUUGUGGUGGUGAGCUGCUCGUCUCUGCUCCUCCCGUUGCUGCUCCCUCGACUCUACCCUCCUCUCUUUACCCUGUAUUCCCUGCAGGAGGAGCAGGAAGAGGCCCAGUACUGGGAACGCAUCAUCCGACUCAACAAGCAGCCUGACCAGUCCCUGCUCAGCUUCCUGGGAGUGCAGGAGAAGUUCUGGCCAGUGUGGAUGUCAAUUCUAGGAGAGAAAAAGCAGAUUGUGUCCAGCAGUAAAGAUGCCUGCUUUGUUUCCGCUGUAGAGACACUCCAACAAAUCAGCACCACUUUCACUCCUUCAGAUAAACUCCUGGUCAUCCAGAAAACGUUUGAGGAGUUGACCCAGGAAGUGAAACCUAUGCUGGAUGGUAAUUUCCUGUGGUGCAUGGAUGACUUGCUCCCACUCUUCCUCUACGUGGUCCUCAGAGCGAGGAUCAGGAAUUUAGGAGCUGAGGUCAGUCUGAUAGAAGAUCUGAUGGAUACCAACGUUCAGCAUGGAGAGAUGGGUCUUAUGUUCACAACACUUAAGGCCUGCUACAUCCAGAUCCAACAUGAGUCCACUUUGUAGGAGCAGGUAGGAGGAUGCCCCACAGUCCAACCAGACCUAGAAACCGCAGUGCUGACUCAGUGCUGCAUUCACAAGAGCUUCCAGAACAAAUCAGUAAAACCAGCGGGGUUCACUGGUGGCCACUAGGAGGCUGCAUGAGGCUGCACAGACAGAGCAGAGGGAGGAGACACCUUUACCUUAUAUCAACACACAGGAAAUGAUGUCUGACACCUCAGUCACUGUUCAUCCUUGCGUUGCGACACUCCAGUGUUCUUUCUCUGCUAUUGAAGACAGUGUACAUAGGAAAGUAAAGCAUCGCCCUCUUGUGGACAUGUUAAAAACCUGCAUUAUUGUCUCGAUAACAUGGCUGUAAGUGGCUACUGUGGAUAUAUAGCAACAUUUUUUUCUAAUAGACCAGCUGAGCUUAUAAUAUUUUUUUUUUCCAUUUACAAUAUUUUCCAAAAGUGUCAUUUUUUAGACUAGAAUGGAAUUAGCCUGUGAGAUGUUGUAUGUCAAAUUUGUCCCAUAAAUUUGUCACGUUUCCAGGCAAAGGGAACUAAAUAAUUUAGUCUGAAACAUGACCACAUUUUAAAGGGAAAAUCACAGGUUAAUAACAAAUAAAAAUUUAAUUAUGAUUCUAAUGGCUCAGCAUUAAUGAUAGCAAUUUAACAGUGCAUUUACCACAGUAAAAACACUGUUGGGCUGGCCCAAAGUUAAUUUAGUAACAGGUACCUAUUUAAACUGUAUGUAGUGGUUUAUCGAGUGCGGCAACUACUGUGUUAUAAAAAAAAAAAAAUUUGAGAAAUGACAGAAGCUUUUUAUACUGUCGGCUGAUCAGCGUCUUUUGAAACUGAAAAUAUUUGUCUUGCACUUCAGUAUGUUUUUAGCAUUUUAUAUGGUGGCGUGAGGUGCUUCAUCUUGGUUGCAUUGCACUGAUUUCAGAGCAUCCACAUGAGACACAGAGGGAUUUAAAUAUAUCAGAGUUCGACUCACCUCCGGGGCAGAGAUCAAACCUUAGGCUCACCAGUCAGCAGUUGCGGCAGCUCAAAUACAAACUGGACGAAAAGUUUGUCUUUUCUAAUUAAAAAAAUCGCUUGUAACAUUAAGUUUAUUAUAUGCUAGUAACUUGCAUAGAGAUCAAAGAUCCCUCUUUUGUAACCUCGCCUCUCGCUUCCUUUAGAGUGGUGUGUACAGUUGGGAUAUGUCUUUUCAAUGCAGGAGAGGUAGUUCACACUAAACAGACUGCCAGUUUUCUGGGACUGUUUAAAUUAUUUGUCGUCAUUUUUUUUUUUUCUUGCUCUACACAUCUGAUCUGUGUGUGAAGGAGUUCAGAUAUUCAUCACCAAUAUACAACUGACCGGUAGAACAGUAAUAAGUCACUACAGCGAAAGGAUCUGUACUUGACUUAAUAUUAGGGCAGCGUGUGCGUGCGUGUGAUUGAGCGCAUUACAAACAAGUCUGACAAGGAACAAUUUUAGUGUUGCACUGACAGUAUUGUUCGAUUGAACAGUGUAAAAAAAAAAUUAUCAGCUACUGCACAUGUCUUCCAUGAACGUCUAUCACUGUGUGUUUUAAUGCAGAUCCAGAAUUACCUAUUUUUAUAUUUCCUACCUUAUAAUCUCACUUACAAUUGAUUUCAAUAACAUACAUUGUUCCUCUGAAUCCAUCUGUAUAUAUUUGUGAAGUCCCAGAUCGUCACAACGUCAAGUUGGACUGUAAAUCAGAAUGAAAAGAAUUAUUUGGGGCAUUUAUUGUUAGAAUGUGAUUUUAAUAUAUUACAAAUAAUUUAUAGCAAAGAAAGAAUUUAUUUUCUGCUAAAUUUCGCACAACCUCCCCUGCAGUUUCAGGUCUUAACCUGUAAUGUGACAUAUUGUUAAAGAUAUAGGCCCAGUGUCAUAAAACAGAAGCUACAUUCCGAGUACAGCAUGUCCUGCCAUCAUGUUACUGACCGUUGAUGACCUGAGUCUGUUGUAUUGAUGUCAGGAAUAAAACAACUGUAAAACACUCAGGUUGAACGCAGCAAGAAACAUUCUGCCAAAAUAACAAGCAAGCAGCUGCUGGGUUCAAAAUAAAAUUAUCUUCUAAUUUCUAAUUUUCCAAUUUCUAUCAUUUCACUUGAAAAGCGUUCAUACUUUAUUCCUACACACAUCUUUUGCGGAAUGUAACAUGUAUGUUGCAGCACAGUAGGUUCAAUGUUUUUGUUAUUGCUAUUUAAAUCCCUGGUUUGUUAUAUAUCUAAUGUAGAUGUAGCAUCAAAGGAGGAAUGAUAAGAGCGCCUGGGUGAGGACUCAGUCCUCCGUUAAUACCAGGUUAAAGAACAAUCCAAUGUAUUACAAGUCUCAAAAUACAAAUGAGUAUAUUUCAGGACCGAAUAAUCUGCCUUCACAGGUCUGAAAUAUGAUAAUUGAUCAUACUGAGUAUUUCUCAUUUUCAUUUUUAUUGAUAACAUCAUGGUCUUAUAUGAAGCUGCAGUUUGAGCAGGAAAUGUAUCAUGGUGAAUUGUGGCUAAAAACAAAACAAACCAAUCAAAAUAAAAUACAAAAUGAUUACAACUGAUGUGGUGCAUGAAUUGUGAUAAAUUUUCCAAAACAUGUUACGGUCCUGGAUUUCUUGGAGGUUUCUUGAAGGCUGAAAACUGAAUUAAUGAUUAGUUUUUCUAGUUUCAUUUAUUUUUGUGAUGAUCAGGGGACCUGACUGUAAAACAUUGAUUGUUUUUUGAUGGACAAAUGAACUAUCAUAGGAAAUUAGUAAAUGUGUUUACUCAAAAAAGGACAAUAAAAUUGGGUUCAUUCUAAAAAAUA